AUGGGUCCCAUUUUCGGUGGUCUUUUGGGAGAUUUUGCACCCACUUGGAGAUGGAUUUAUUGGUGCUUUUUGAUCGUUGCGGCGGUAUUUUAUGUCGUGUUAUUGAUUCUUGUACCUGAAACUCACGCCAAUACCCUCUUGAAGAGAAGAGCCAAGAAAUUACGCAAACAAACCGGUGAUGAAAAGUAUCGCGCUAUAUGUGAACUUAAAAUUAGAACCCUUCAACAAGUGGCCAAAGACUCUCUCUUAAGACCUUUUGUCUUGUUAAGUGAACUCAUUGUGUUUUUGAUCACUUUGUACAUGUCUGUCAUUUAUGGGCUCCUUUACAUGUUUUUCUUUGCUUACCCAAUCGUGUACAUGGAAGGUAAAGGAUGGUCCGCUUCCAAAACAGGAAUUAUGUUUAUUCCUAUUGGAGUUGGAGUGUUAGCUGCUACCGCUGUAGCACCCCUAGUCAACAAGGACUAUAAUAAAAGGGCACAAAAGUACCGUGAUCGUGGAGAAAUUCCACCCGCUGAACUUCGGUUAAUUCCCAUGAUGAUUGCUUGCUGGUUUAUUCCUGCCAGUUUAUUCAGUUUUGCUUGGUCUUCCUACCCCCUGGUGUCAUGGGCUGGACCAUGCUUCAGUGGAUUUGGAGCUGGAAUUGGUUUCUGUACUUUGUACAACCCUGCUAACAAUUACAUUGUCGACUCAUACCAGCAUUAUGCUGCUAGUGCAUUGGCCGCGAAAACUUUUGUGAGAUCUAUUUGGGGUGCUUGUGUCCCAUUGUUCACUAUCCAAAUGUAUCACAGAUUGGGUUAUGAAUGGGCUACCAGUCUCAUGGCAUUUAUAAGUCUUGCAUGUUGUCUUAUUCCAUAUUUGUUUUUCUAUUAUGGAGCAAGGAUUAGAAAGUUUUCUAGGUAUGCCUACUCGCCUGACCCUAAAGAUAGCUAA